AUGUCCAGUAUUCCAGACGACACGCUUACAUACCUAAAGGAGAACAACAUCGCUCAGCUCAUGGAGCAUAUCCUGCGGAACAUUACUACAGACCGCCCUGCGGAGCCCACAAAGUAUAUCCACGACCUGUUUGAGCGCCCUGUUCCACCGCAGAUCAUCAUUGCCGGUCCGCCUGGCAGCGGCAAGGGGACGNCAUACCUAAAGGAGAACAACAUCGCUCAGCUCAUGGAGCAUAUCCUGCGGAACAUUGUAGCAGAUGCCCCAUCUAAGCCCACAAAGUAUAUCCACGACCUGUUUGAGCGCCCUGUUCCACCGCAGAUCAUCAUUGCCGGUCCGCCUGGCAGCGGCAAGGGGACGCAGAGCCGAUUCAUUGCGAAGCGCUUUGGAGCUGUGCAUGUGUCGUCCGGCGACUUGCUGCGUGCCGAGGUGCAGAACAACACCGACGCUGGCAAGAUUGCGGAGUCUUUCAUGAAGAGCGGCAAGCUCGUGCCGGACAAACUCAUCACGGGCAUGAUCCGCCGCCGGCUGGAGCAGGACGACGUGAAGGAGCGUGGCUGGUUGCUCGACGGCUUCCCGCGCACGCGUGAGCAGGCGGAGGCCCUGGAGGCGGCGGGCAUUGCGCCGCACGUCUUCAUCCUGCUGGACGUCCCCGAGGCGCUUGUCGUUGAGCGCAUUGAACACCGCCGCACGGACCCAGCGACGGGAGCUGUGUAUCACCUGCUGUACAACCCGCCGCCGCGGGACGAUGUCGUGCUGCGUGACCGCCUCGUGCAGCGCGUUGACGACCGCCGCGAGACUGUUGAGGCCCGCCUGAAGAUAUACAACGAGAGGCUUACAGGCCUCCAGAAGCACUAUGGCAGGAUCAUUGAGAUAGUGGGUGGGGAACGGAGCAUCGAUGAUGUGAAGGCUGCAGUGCUUGAAGCAGUUGAGCGGCGUAGGUUGCGAUGA